AUUUCGAUUGUGACAACACAUGGACAGAAUGGAAUAGUCAGAAAAUAACGAAAAUACAUAGUUACUAUCGAAUUUAUAAAAUGGAAUGAAUGGGAUCAAAGGAUGCAAAUUGAGCGUAGAUUACAUUUUGCGCACGCGUCCUGGCAGGACAUCUCGCUUCUCCCAGAAUCCUUCCAGUUGAGGUCCAGAUAUCUCGGAGAAAAUCUAACGCCGCUCGAACGAUGGUAAAUAACAAUAAUCGAUACCUUGGGGCGAGUGAGAUCAAUCGUUUUUGAAUUUCAGUGAAUAACAAUUUUUGGAAUCGAAGUUUUCGCGAAAGUAACACAAAGCAAAAACGAUGUUGAAACAGCCGGAAAGACUGCUCGAUGGGACACCAACCAUUCCUGAAUCGAAGAUGGAGUUUUGUAGUAGUGGGCGGUAUUGAAUUUUCGAAACUUUUUUUGGAAAAGUGAGAGACAUGUGUUGUUCUUCAGCGGCGAAAAUAGUGCUGAUGGUCUAUUUGUCCUGUGUGGAGAUCGUCGAAUCAAUGGAAAACAUCACCAUGGUUUCCUACGUGAAGUCCCCACGUCACAGGGGAGCCGCCAGGCAGAUGUACGGGUCGGGAUCCCUACGCUCCAGGGAGUCAUUUCCAGUCUACGCCAACGACCGAAGGCGCUACCCAGAAAGGAGUACCAUAAGCCCAGAUGUGGGCGGAUACAGGCUACUGCCGAAUCCUGGAUUUCCCUACACCCACGAUUUCUACCCACUGCCCGAGGUCAUAGGCGGAGUCAGAUCCUCUACCAGAAGCGGUAAGGAACGUCCAAUUUUGAGAGGGCUUCUCGUUCCAGGAGGGCUCUACGGUGGACGUCCCGAGUAUUAUUCCGGGAAACCAGACCAUGGAUUUUUCGGUGGUAGAUUUCCCCUGGACCUGGGCACGUUGCCUGGUAGAGGUUUUCGCAGGACCUCGUCAGUUCACCGCCAGAAAAAUCCUAGGAUAGGUCCUGACAGGACUAAGGGCGUCAUUCAUCCGUCAGAUGAUUUGACAGAUAUGACAGAGGAGGAUUUCGAUCAUCCUUGUGAAGUUUCUUGUUCACCAAACGAGUAUUUGUGUGAGAGCAAUUGUAUCUGCAUCAAGCAGGAUGCACGAUGUGACAAGAGAGUAGAUUGUGAAGAUGGCGAUGACGAAUUGGAUUGUUCAGAGUAUGAGCUUGAAAGACACACCAAAUGCAAUGAAACCAACAGCAUAAGGUGUCCCACUACCGGAAAGUGCAUAUUGAAGAAAUGGUGGUGCGAUGGUGAAGAUGACUGUGGAGAUUUUUCAGAUGAGACUCGUUGUGAAGGAACCAAAAAUUGCACCACCGAGGAGUUCGAAUGUUCCAACGGUCUGUGCAUUCCAAAAAUGUGGGUUUGCGACGAUGACGUCGAUUGCAAAGACUACUCCGAUGAGUGGAACUGCACCCAAGCAGGGUGUAAACCGAACGAAUUCGACUGUGGAGACGGCACUUGCAUUUCUCAGAAUUGGAAAUGCGACAGACAAAUGGAUUGUAGCGAUGGAAGAGACGAAGUGGAAUGCAAUUUAAACGCCCCAGAUUGCUUGGUAGAUGAAUUUCUCUGCUCGGCUCAUAAGUGUAUCAAAAUGAAAUUCAAAUGCGACGGAGAUAAUGAUUGUGGCGAUUGGAGCGACGAAUAUAACUGUGCUAGUAUUCGGCAGAUUUGUGAAGUUGGCGAAUUCAGAUGUUCCGAUGGAAGGUGUAUACCUGAAAAAUAUCGUUGUGACAAACAGCGCGAUUGUGACAAUAACGAGGACGAAGCUAAUUGUGACUAUUCAAUCAAGAGAAAUUGUUCCUUCGAUGAGUUUGCGUGUAGAAGUGGCGCUUGCAUUUUGAAAACCUGGAAGUGCGACGGCUUCCAAGACUGCAGCGAGAACGAAGACGAAGAAGACUGCCAGAUCGUUUGUGACGAAUCCAAAUAUGCAUGCGCGACAUCCUAUCCAGCCGACAAUUCGACAUCCUACUGCAUCAAUAAGAAACACGUUUGCGAUGGUCAGAACGACUGCCCCAACGCCGAAGACGAACUGAACUGUCCAGAGAUGAGAGAAUGCGAAAAGGGCACCAAGUGCGAGCAACUUUGCAUUACCAAACAUGAUGGCAGUUCUGGCUGUGCCUGUUCUAGGGGUUUCACCCUUGCAGAGGACGGACAAAAAUGCAUCGAAAUAGACGAAUGUCAAUACGCUACGGAUCCUGUCUGCUCCCAGACUUGUACCAACACAAGAGGAAGUUUCAAGUGUGGGUGUUUGACAGGUUAUGUUCUGAGGCCAGAUGGACGUUCCUGCAAGGCUCAAGGAGCGACCCCCACUCUGCUUUUCGCCAAUAGGAAAGAUAUAAAACAGGCAUCUUUGAGCAGUGCCAAGUACAUUCCCAUACUGAAAGGAUUGCACAAUGCAAUCUUCCUCAGCUAUCACUAUGAAAAGCAGAUGAUUUUUUGGACCGAAACGUUGAUAGAUGUCAUCAGGAGGGCCUACAUCAACGGUUCAUUUUCCAGAGAUGUAAUCAAGGUGGGAUUAGAGACGUCAGGAGGUUUGGCUGUAGACUGGAUACACGAUCUGCUCUUCUGGACAGACGCAGGCACUCAGAGGGUCGAGGUGGCAGAUUUGGACGGCAGAAACAGGGCGAUCUUAGCAGCAGACGACAUGGACAAGCCUAGAGCCAUCGUGGUCCACCCGGGAGAGGCCCUGGUGUUCUGGGCGGACUGGGGCCCGAACCCCAAGAUCGAAAGAGCCGAGAUGGACGGCGGGAACCGCAAGAAGAUAGUAACAGAGUCCAUCUUCUGGCCGAACGGCCUGACCUUAGACUACACCACAGAUCGCAUCUAUUGGGCGGACGCCAAACACAACGUAAUAGAAUCCUCGUUCCUUGAUGGAAGCGACAGGAAGAAGGUGGUGAGCAAAGGCUUGCCUCAUCCGUUCGCCAUCACCAUCUUCGAAGAUAUCAUCUACUGGACGGAUUGGCACACCAAGUCCAUAUCUUCGGCCAGUAAAUCUACUGGUCUCGGGCUGAGAACCAUCCAUUCGAAGCUGUACUACCCGAUGGAUAUCCAAAGUUUCCAUCCGCAGAGGCAACCCAAGUACAGAAAUCGUUGCGAGAAGGCUGGGUGCUCGCAUCUGUGUCUUCCCAACAAGAAGUCUUACAGCUGCGUCUGUCGAUUGGGACAGAAGUUGGCUGCCGAUGGAAGGUCUUGCGUGGAGCCGGAGAAGUUCAUAUUUUUCGCCAGGAAGAAGAACUUGGUCAUCAAGCAUUUGGACGGAGAUGCCUUGCAUCGACCUGAUAUUGUGAUUCCAGUGGAAGGAUUGAAGGCAGCCUCGGCUAUAGCUUGGGAUUCCGCAUCGAACAUUAUAUUUUGGACCGACGUUGAGAGGAAAGCAAUAUACAAGGCAUUUUGGAACGGCAGCAGUCAAGUAGCUAUCGUAGAUACGAACUUGGAAUCCCCAAUGGGAAUUGGAUACGAUUGGUUAACGAAGAAAAUCUACUGGGUUGAUAUGAAAAUGAACAGAUUGGAAGUGGCUGAUAGCGAUGGUAACAAUAGGUGCCUGCUGGUAUGGGAAGAUAUCGAUUCUCCCAGGGACAUUGUUCUGAACCCAUAUGAGGGUUUGAUGUAUUGGACAACCUGGCAGAACCCCAAAAUAGAAAUCAUCGGAAUGGACGGUUUAAACCGUUCAGUCAUAAUCAGCGAAGAUUUAAUCACACCGUCUGGACUGACCAUAGAUUACGAAGCCAAGAAAUUUUAUUGGGCUGAUGGCAUCUCCAAGUACAUAUCCGUUUCGAAUCUGGAUGGAACCAACAGGAAAACUAUCAUAAGAGGUUCCACCAUACCUCAGCCCUACGGUUUGGACGUUUUCGGCGAUAGCAUAUACUGGACCGAUUGGACGAAUUCCACCCUGGAAAGAGCGAAUAAAAUCGAUGGCGGUAACCGGACUCUACUAGAGAAGAAAUUGACGAACAUAAUGCAGGUUAAGAUUUUCCAUAGGAAUAGGAGAAUCGUGGCAACACCGUGCGACAUAGACAACGGAGGAUGUUCCCAUCUGUGCUUGUUGAAACAUGCAGGGUAUUCGUGCGCUUGCCCUACAGGUAUCAAACUGAAGGACGAUGGUAAAUCUUGUGCUAACGGUCCUACCAAUUACCUAAUAUUAGCACAUGGUACUGACAUCCGACAAAUAUCCCUAGAUGUACCGUAUACGGCCGAUGUGGUCAUGCCGUUCCCACCGCUGAAAAUGGCAGUAUCGGUAGAUGUUGAUCGAAAAACUGGAGAAAUCUACUGGACGGAUACCGAAGAGGCCGUCAUCAAAAAGAUCAAACCCGAUGGAUCCGAUCUGCAGAUCAUUAUCAUGCACGAACUCAUGAAGCCAGAUGGCAUUGCCAUCGAUUCUACCGGAAGAAAGAUUUAUUGGACCGACCGAGGCAGAAACAGCAUAGAAGUGUGCGAGUUGGACGGUACCAACCGUAAAGUUCUAUUCUCGACCGACAACGGCAAACCCAGAGCCAUAGCUCUGCAUUACCACCACGGCCUGAUCUUCUGGUCCGACUGGGGCAGCAAACCGAAGAUAGAAGUGGCGAACAUGGACGGCAACAACAGAAAAGUGAUCAUCGACACCAAACUCGAAUGGCCUAACGGCCUAGCCAUAGACAGGCCAGCCAACAGACUGUACUGGAACGACGGCAAGAAGAACAAGAUCGAAUCUUGCAAUUUCAACGGCCAAAACAGGAAGAUAAUCCUCCAAUACAUUCCCUACCCUUAUGGCUUGGUCAUAGUUGGCAACCACAUGUACUGGACCGACUGGAAGACCCAAGCUCUGCACAGAGCCGGCAAGAUACGAGGAACAGACAGCAAGAUCAUCAGCAGCAAUUUAACCGGCCUGAUGGACGUCAGGGCCGUCCAAACCGACAACAUCGCCGAGAACGCUUGUGGCGACAACAACGGAGGAUGCUCGCAUCUGUGUCUACGGAGCCCGACGUCCUACACGUGCGCGUGUCCUACCGGCAUAAAGCUCAAGAAGUUCAGCACCACGACUUGCGAAGACUUACCUUCGACCUUCCUCUUGGUAUCGACGAGAUUCGCCAUCAGUAGGAUCAGCUUGGACUUCGACGAGGUUUGGGAUUACACGUUGCCGAUAAAGAGUAUAAACGAGGCUUAUGACCUGGAUUUCCACUGGGCCCGUAAGCUGAUAUACUACAACGAUAUCGAACACAAGAUGAUCAGGAGCAUCAACAUGCACAACUUGUCCGAUGUUAAAGACGUAGUCCCGACAGGUACCAAUGGAAUAGCUGUGGACUGGAUUGCCGACAACAUCUACUGGACCAACACUGAUGAAAAAACCAUCGAGGUGGCAACACUGGACGGGCGCCAUAGGAAAACGGUGAUCGGGGAAAAACUUCAGGAUCCUCGAUCUAUAGCUGUUUUCCCGAAGAAAGGCUACUUGUAUUGGACAGACUGGAAGGAGCCCAAGAUUGAAAGGUCGUUCUUGGAUGGAUCUUCACGGCUGGUGUUGAUAAAUGAUUUCGUCAAUUUCCCUCUUGGCCUCACCAUCGACUAUGUCAGCAAAAGGAUGUACUGGAUUGAGGCUAAAUCUAAUGGGGAACAUAUAGAGACGGCAAAUUUGAAUGGACAGAACAGGAUCAUUCUGAAUAUCGACAAGACGUUUCCAUAUUCUCUUGCACAGCUGGGAUCCCACAUUUAUUGGUCGGAUUGGAGACAGAAAAGAGUCUAUCGGGCCGAUAAAACGUCAGGAAAGGAACAGAUGAUCCUCAGACCCGAUUUGGAUGCAGCUAUGGGAAUUACUAUGGUUGCGCAGACGAAACAACAAGGAUGGAAUCCUUGUGCGGUCAACAAUGGUGGUUGUGAAUACCUCUGCUUUUAUACCGGCAAAAACUACACUUGCGGGUGUCCAAAUGAUAGGCCUAACUGCAACAAAGAUCCAUCCCAAUGGGUUUCGGACAAGUGUCCCAGGGACAAAUUCAACUGCGGAGGGGACUACGAAAACGAGGACGACCUUGAACCCAACUAUUACAACCCCUACAACAGGAACAUCGACGAUGUAGUGGGGCAUUCAGAUUCUCCGCACUCUAACUCCAUCCUCAUCGUCUGCCUACUCUUCUUGGUAAUCAUCAUAUUGCUGUGCACCAUCUUCGUGUCGGUGCUGUUGUUCGUAAGAGGAAAGAAACGCUAUCGUUAUAGACACGGGGGUAGUUUUGCCAAUCCGAAUUACUACUCUCCCAACAGUGAAUCUCUCGCAACGAAUUCGACUAACAGUAGCAACGGGGACAGGAGGCAGUUCAUAUGGAAACGGCUGAAGUACGACAAAUCGCAGGAACGUGUCUAUGAGGAGACUGUGUUGUCCGAUAGCCCAGAGGUAGUUAGUUGCAAGAUUUAACAUAAAUCGAUCCAGUAAAAGUAAUAUGAAUUAUUGACAAUUCCCAAAGAUGCGGAAUAGAACUGAGGUCGUGUUGAUUUUUGUUACUGAAUGGAUAUUAGUGACAUUCACUUUUAAGAUUUAGAAGAUUUUAUUAUAAAAAUAAAAAAAAUUAAGAAACAAAAAUCAAGAUUGUAUAGACUGAAAUGAAACCCAAAUUAUUGGUAUGUUGAAUGACCCCUAACAGGGGCCUACCUUGUUAUAGAGGAAUUAAUGAUUUAACAGAAUUUAUCGAAAGCUGAUGGAGAAGCCAUAUUUGAAGUUUGGCAGUAUUAUUUAAGUGGAGCAGGAUGAAUCGCCCACCUUUCUUGCAUGAAAUACAGUUAGUAAAAGUGUUCAGGUAAAAUAUGAGGACAAUAAGAAGCAAUGAUGAUAAUUUGGCAGAAAUAUAUGUAAAAGGAUUGGUAAAGAGAAAAUUUAAAUAGCAGAAAGAGUGAGAGUAUCGAAUUAUAUACAUUGACUUUAAUACUUCUAAAUUUCAAGAGUACCCACAUAAAUUGAAGUUUUGGUGAAGAACAUUCACCGGAGUAAUUAUUGAUUUGUUUGGGUGAUAUUAGGAAGAAUAUUUGUGAUAGGAACAUUGAGAUUUGAUAUUUUAACUAAUAUGAAAAUAAUUUUUAUUGUUAUGUUGUGUAUUUCUAUAGAUAAUUUAUGAAUUCCAAGUGGUUCGAAUUGUGAUGAGAAUAGAUUUAUUAUAUAUUGAUUUGCUCAAAUAUGCUGCAUAUAUGAGUUUACAUAUGAAAAAAAUACAUAUUAUUAUGAAACAAAUGAAAAACUUGAGAUCUUGUGAUAAAAUGAGUGCAGUUAUAUAAUUAUCAAUGAAAGGAAGAACAAAGACAUUUUGAGUUUGUAAAAAUGAAUCAUUUAUCUGGUCAUAAUAAAAUUCUUUGUACACUAAGGCUUGGGGCAUAUCUUUUAUCGAAAUGACAGUGAUUGAGUCAUUCAAAGUAUCAAUUAAAAUAUAACAAGGCCAAGAGUAUAGCCAAUAGAGUAAGCACAAUUUACGAUGGUGUACCGAAGAAGUCUAUUCUAAAAAAAAUCAACUGUCCUAAAUUGUUCUUUCGAAAACCUUUGAAGUAACAUAACUUAGAAGUGGAUUCCCUUAAACGUAUACUUUGUACAUCCCCAAUAUUUAUUCAUCUGAGACUGUUAUUUAAAAGACAAAUAAAAAUGUUAAGUACCAUCAGAUUGAAUUUCUAUAUAUAUAAAAAAACAUUACAUCUUUGGUACUUGAUUCAAUGUGAUAAGUGUACAGAAGUAAAAUCGACGUUACCUAAUUUUAAGGAAAAAUGUCCAUUCUCCUUGAUGUAACUUCAUAUCAUUUCUGAAUAAAACUUGUUUUGCAUUAUUUUAAUACCCAAAACGAUAUGAAUUACAAAAAAUAUAUAAUUGAAUGCCCUAUAUCGAAA